UUUUUAUUUUUUUUUUUUUUUCAUUUUUUUUGUUGGCGACAUAAAUUUUUGAAUUCUCCAAGGAAAAUAAUAAAACGUAAAAAAAAGGAAGCCCGUGUUUCCGCAUCGUCGUUGUGCGAAUACUCCGGCAGCCUGUUGCAUCACAUUUUUUGGCAUCGAAAACAAAAGGGGUAAUCAUGAAUUCGAUGUUAACUAUCGUCGUAUCUCUGGCAACCGUUUCGAUUUUAUUUGGUGAAAUUUUUGCGAUGCCCCCGGCCCAAUGUAGUCCAGGUUUACUCGAUGAAGUACCACCUAGGGUACGAAAAAUUUGUGCUGCACUUUCUACCAUAUAUCAACUUAGCUCAGCCAUGGAAAGUUACGUCAACGACAAAGUUUCAGUACUUCAAGAAAACAACCCGUUGCCAGGGAGCGGUGUUAAAAGACAAGACGUUGAUCAUGUUUUUUUACGCUUUGGAAGACGACGCUAACCUCAAUCAACGAAGCUACUACUAUUAAAACGAUUCAAUGUAAAUCUUCUCUCCUGUCACUUGUCAAAUGCUAUUAUCGUUAUCCAAUUAUGAAAAAAUAAUAAAAAUAAAAUCUAACCUUUUGAUCUCUAUGUUGCAACUAAUUAGAUUUAUAACUUUCUUAAAGGAAUAACAUCGCCUAUGUAAAUCGUUGAAGAAAAAAAAACAAAAACAAAAAAAAAGAACAA